GAGCCUGGGCCAGCGGUUCCCAAGACCCUUCGUGCAGGUGGCACCCUGGUUGGGUGUGAGCUAAUUUGGAAAGUCCUGGGAUGCUCUUAACUGGGGGUAUCCUGGCAAGUUAUCUGGAGGUGAAGUGGUGGGGGCCUGGGUUAUUCUGGGGUGCUUUGCACAUGUGCCACCUUGGCGAGUCAGCUGUUGUGAACACUGACCGUGGGUGUUCUGGUGUGGUCUCUGCUGGGGCCACCUUCACAGACACUGUGUUGGUUUGGGCCAGGGGCCUAGUGCUUGCUGAGGUGGUAGGCCAGCUGUGGUGUCUGCUCGCGUCUGUGCUCUCAAGGUGGAUGGGGAAGAUAAACAGUGAUGUUCACCAUCCCCUCUGAAGCAGAAAAUACCUGCUGAGCUCCUGCACUGUUUGGCAGAGUUCCGGGGCAGGAUCUUUUAUAUUCUAGUUACCCUUUGAAGCCUCAUUGUUUUUUCUGUAUCCCAGGGCAGACAGAUCUGCUCAUGGUCAUUCAGUACUAUCACUCCCACCGUGGCUCUCAGUGUCGGGAUUGGGGGUUCCCUUCAUGACUGUGUCUCUGUCUUGCCUUUUUGUAUGUGAUACAUCUUUUGCUGUGCAGAAGCUGUUUGGUUAGCUCUGUGUUGUUCUUCAGGAGGAAGUGCUUUAUAAAUAGGUGUAGAUUUGGUGUGUCCAUGGAGGAGGUGAGUUCAGGGUCUUCCUGUCUGGCAACCUCGGACUGGAACCUCCUUUUCAUUUUGAUAUGUGGUUUUCACAUGGCUUGGUUUUGUUUAGUUAGCCAAGAAACAUUAUACUUUAUAGCAUAACAACAGAUUAUUUUACAUUCCAUGAAAACAAUUCUGUAUAAGGUGAUGGCAUUCUAUAUCACUAGGUUAUUUUAAUUUUGCUUUCCAGGAAAUAACAGUACAACAACUAAUGUCUCAUUUGGACUCCAUCAGGAAAGACAUGGUCAUCCUAGAAAAAAGUGAAUUUGCAAAUCUGAGAGCAGAGAAUCAGAAAAUGAAAACUGAAUUGGAACAAGUUAAGCAGCAACUGAUAAAUGAAACCAGUCAAAUCAGAGCAGAUAAUAAACUGGACAUCAACCUAGAAAGAAGCAGAGUAACUGAUAUGUUUACAGAUCAAGAAAAGAAACUUAUGGAAGCAACCACAGAAUUUACCAGCAAGGAUACCAAAACCAGAAGUAUUAUUUCCGAGACCAGUAAUAAAAUUGACACUGAAAUUGCUUCUUUGAAAACACUGAUGGAGUCUAACAAGCUUGAGACAAUUCGUUACCUUGCAGCCUCAGUGUUUACUUGCCUGGCAAUAGCAUUGGGAUUUUACAGAAUCUGGAAAUAGUAGAGAAACUACUAUAUUAUGCUGCUGUGGACUUAGAACACUACGCCAGGAUACAUUUAUUCUGAACAUGGAAGUUGUGGCAGAUACUCAAUACAAGGUUAUUCAGAGUACAUAUGGACUAAAAAUAUUUUUAAAUGGGAAGAUGUGCUUUGAAUUUGUGUUUUGUGUGUGUCUUUAUUAUGUUGAAAAGCUGUCAUUCAAACCUGAUUGAUUUGAG